AUGUAUAGGGAUGCAAACACAGAUUCAAAGUGGAAGGAACAACUUAACACCCCUGCCAAAGAUUCUAGACCGCAAACAGAGGAUGUGACGGCGACUAAAGGUCUCGAGUUCGAAGACUUCUAUAUCAAACGUGAGUUGAUGAUGGGUAUAUUCGAGGCUGGGUUCGAGAAGCCAUCACCUAUCCAAGAAGAGACCAUCCCAGUGGCCCUUACGGGAAGAGAUAUCCUGGCCCGAGCGAAGAACGGUACCGGGAAAACAGCUGCCUUUAUCAUCCCCACGCUCGAGCGCAUCAAUCCAAAAAGCACAAAGACUCAAGCUUUAAUCCUGGUUCCCACGAGAGAACUAGCGCUCCAGACAUCACAGGUCUGCAAGACUCUUGGGAAGCAUCUGGGCAUCAAUGUCAUGGUCACCACUGGAGGUACUGGUUUGAUGGAUGACAUCAUUCGAUUGAACGACGCUGUUCAUAUUCUCGUUGGAACACCGGGAAGAGUUCUCGAUCUAGCUAGUAAAGGCGUUGCUGACCUUUCCGAAUGUCCCACUUUCAUUAUGGACGAAGCCGACAAGCUUUUGUCGCCAGAAUUCACUCCCGUCAUAGAACAGUUGCUGUCAUUUCACCCCAAGGAUCGCCAGGUCAUGCUCUUUAGCGCGACAUUUCCAAUGAUCGUCAAGUCUUUCAAGGAUAAGCACAUGCGCAACCCUUACGAGAUCAAUCUUAUGGAUGAACUUACUCUGAGAGGAAUCACCCAGUACUACGCUUUCGUUGAGGAGAAACAAAAGGUCCAUUGCCUCAAUACUCUCUUCUCCAAACUUCAAAUCAACCAGUCCAUCAUCUUCUGCAAUUCCACAAACAGAGUCGAGCUUCUUGCCAAAAAGAUCACGGAAUUGGGCUAUUCGUGCUUUUACUCGCAUGCCCGGAUGCUUCAACAACAUCGAAACCGAGUCUUCCACGAUUUCCGAAAUGGCGUAUGCCGGAACCUUGUCUGUUCAGAUCUCCUCACCCGAGGAAUUGAUAUCCAAGCCGUAAACGUUGUCAUCAAUUUCGAUUUCCCGAAAAAUGCCGAGACCUACCUCCAUCGAAUUGGCCGCUCUGGUCGUUUCGGCCAUCUGGGUCUCGCAAUCAAUUUGAUCAACUGGGACGACCGAUUUAACCUUUAUAAGAUCGAACAAGAGCUUGGCACUGAAAUCCAGCCGAUUCCCCAGCAUAUCGAUAAGAAGCUCUAUGUGUAUGAUUCCCCAGAGACUAUUCCUCGACCCAUCUCCAGUACUCCGAACCAACGUGAAUUAACCGACGUGCCCUCAACUGCUGGCAAUUUGGAUUAUCAUCAGCCACGUCACCAGAGCCAUCAAACGAAUAACGGACAUGGAAACUAUCAAUAUAGCCGUGGACGCAACUCAUACCGUGGAGGUCGAGGUCAAGGACAACGUCGUGGUGGUGGGCAAAAUGAUUAUAAGAGAUUCGCCCCAUCGACAGCUCAAGGAAAUGCCAAUUCGCCAGCGGCCCCGGCGUCCUAA